AUGGCGACUUCAAGUGAGAGGAUUAACAGCAUGUUUGCCAACUCUACAACGUGGCGAUCUAAAGAGGAGGAGCAGAAGGGCCGUGCAGCGAUUCAUGCCAGCCAGGUGAACCGAUACAGCGCAGCGAAUGCGCGAGCAUUCGCAUCAGCUACUGCUAGCCAAGAAGAUCUGGAAGCUGAACGACAAAGCUCGCUGAAACGCAAGCAGCAGCAGGAAGAGGAAGUGGCCGCCCUGCUUCAGGAGGCACAAAGUGCGCAGGGCGCAUCUCCUUCCCUUCGCCUCCAGGCCACCAAAGACAAGAGCGAGAAAAGCAAAGAAAAGAAACUGCCAGGCUUCGUUGCGGUAAAGAAGUCCAAGCCAGCACCAUCCGAGGAGACUGCUACUGCUACUGCCCCAUCUCCCGCCAUCAAAGAAGAUGAACCAGCCGCAGAGAAUCAGGAGAAGGAGAAAGACAGUGCAGCUGGUCUGGGGCUGGGCUACAGCUCCAGUUCAGAUGAGGAGGGUGAGGAGGCCGAGUGA